UGGAAUGGGGAAGCGGCAGCAUGUGUGCGCGGCUGCGCGCGUACGCCGCGGCCGUGCAGGUAGUAAGCCAGGUGUCUGUGGAAAGAAGGGCAGGGCGGCGCGCGUCUCCUUACUGAAGUCACGCUUCUACAAUGGAAGAGACCCGCAUUGAGAAGACAUCCCCAGAGGCAGCACCCAUGGAGGAAAGCCCCGGUGACCCUCCCUACAAAAUGUCAACAUUCGAAGAUCUACUAGAGCUGGUUGGGACUUGCGGCCGGUGGAAUAUUUUGAUGUUCUGCAUGUGCUCCAUAUCGUCGUUCACUGCAGCGUUGCCAGCAUUAUCCUACCAAUUCUUGGGUGCGACCCCAGACCAUUGGUGCAGUGUGGAACCAUUGCGUGAGGCUAACUGGACACAGCAGCAAGUUCUCAACUUCGCCAUACCCUUCAGUAACUCAACGGGGAAGUAUCAGAGCUGCUUUAUGUAUGACUUGAACUACACAGCGGCGGCGGAGGCAGGCUAUGACGAUGCCAUGGCCAACAGAUGGUCCUUCGGGGGAGAUUCCAAUGGCACCAUCAAGUGUCAGUCAAGGGACUUCAACCUGACGCAAUACCAGUCCACCGUCGUCACGGAGUGGGACCUGGUGUGUGUGAACGGCGCGUCCUCUACUCCAGCACGCAGUCGGUCGUCAUGGGCGGAAAACUGCUUGGUUUCAUCGUUUUCGGUUACCUCAUUGAUCAGCUGGGCCGUCGACCACUGGUGUUGUUUUGCACCACCCUCAACAUUUUAUCAUCCUUCCUCAUUGCUGCGUCCCCCAACGUUGAAACCUAUAUAUUUUUUAAGUUCGUUAUAACAAUGAUGGAUGCUGGGCAGUAUCUUGGUUUGUUCGUCUUCAUAAUGGAAACCUGUGCUACUAAGUAUCGCGCUGCUGCGGGCACCUUGUUCGUGAUUCCCUGGGCCUUGGGAUACAUGGCAGUGCCAGGGAUAGCUUACCUGGCUCGCACAUGGAAAGUGUUGCAGUUAGCUUACGCUAUCCCAACGCUUCUUGCUACCGUAUUCUUUGUGUGGUUACCAGAAUCUCCACGGUGGCUUAUUAUCAGAGGCCGCCACCAGGAGGCGCUGAAAGUUAUGACGCAGGCGGCCAAGGUGAAUAAGAAAACAAUGCCAUCAGACGACCAAGUCCUGUCUGUUAUGAGAGUCAUCGCACAAAAACCUGACACAGAAGACACAGACGAGGAUAAAGGAAUACUGAUCCGCGUGCGGCUGACCCUCAGGCGAUUCUUCAUCCUGUUUAUCCUUCCUGAGUUCAGGGUUAGAUCCUUGGUCGUUAUCUUCUGCUGGUGUGGAGCCUCUUUGGUGUAUUAUGGCCUGGCCCUCAACGCAGACAAUAUCAACACCGACCCAUACCUGUAUGUGUUCUUUGGGGGAAUCCUGGAGGUGCCAUCGUACUUGCUGUUGUGGCUGGCACUCCUCUAUAUCGGCAGAAAGAAAGCUCUCUCUGCACUGUUCUUUAUUUGUGGGAUUUUCAUCUUCGUGUUGAUGACCCUCAUCGUCCUGCAGCUUCCAGGAAGUGAAUGGGCUGUGGUGACCUUCUCCCAGGGUGGCAAGGUGGCCAUCACUGCUGCCUUCCAGUUAGCAUGGAUGUUCACUGCAGAGCUGUAUCCCACGAGUUACCGCUCCUUUGCAGUGGGGAUGGGCAGUGUGUUUGCCAGGUUGGGGGCCAUGGCUUCUCCGUACAUCAAUGACAUCCUGGGCAUGAGGGAGGUAUGGGCACCUUCUGCACUAUUUGGAUCAGUGUCCUUAGUGGCUGCUGUUGUCACACUGCUGCUGCCUGAGACUGGGGACUCUAACCUCUCUGAGCCCACAUACUCUUCAGACACUAAAGAGAGGAAAGAAACAGCAAGAAAAGAUGUCUCACAAAGCGACAGUGUCAGCAAGAAUGAAGCCUCCAAGGCACAUGAAAAUUUAUCGUAUGUUGCAGAAGACUAAUAUAGUAAUGACUGUUGCAUUUAACAAACACCAAAACACAUCAUAUCAUAUAAAUGUGUUUACUUUUUUGUGAUUAGAAUAGUAGAUGUAGUACUCUUAUUGCCUUAAUUUCCUGCCUCUCAAAAGGUUUUGAAUCUAUCAUCAACAGGAAGAUUCUUGAACAUCUAUCACUUCACAACCUUAUAUCUGAUUGCCAGUAUGGGUUCUGUUAUGGCUGCUCUACUGGUGAUAUUCUGGCUUUCCUUACUGAGUCUUGGUCAUCCCUUUUUUUUUAUGGAUUUUGGUGAAACUUUUGCUGUUGCUUUAGGCAUAUCAAAAGCAUCUGAUAGAGUUCUAUUACUUCUGUGGUAGAUGGUCACUGUUCUUCUAAAUCUAUUAACAGUGGUGUUUCUUAGGGUUCUGUCCUGUCACCCACUCUCUUCCUAUUAUUCAUCAAUGAUCCUCUAAACCAAACUUCUUGUAAUAUGCAUUCCUACGUUGAUGAUACCACCCUGCACUUUUCCACAUUUUUUCAUAAGCAUUCAACCAUUCACAAAUCAAACAUCUCAUGCAGGGAAGCCACAGAAUACCCGACUUCAUAUAUCUCUAAAAUUCUUGACUGGUGCAGAGCAAACUCAGUAUUGUUUAAUACCUAAAAGAACUGAAUUCCUUUAUCUAUUAACUCAGCACAGCCUUUCAGAUAACUGUCCCCUCUUCAUCAGUGACACUCAACUGACCCUUUUUUCUACAUUGAACAUCCUUGGUCUGUCUUUUACUAAUAAUCUAAACUGGAAAUUUCACAUCUCAUCUCUAGCUAAAGAUAUCUUCUAUGUAAAUUAAGUUAGGGAUUCUGAGUUAUCUCUGCCAGUUUUUCUCACACCCCACCCCCCAGCUGCUAACUCUGUACAGGGGCAUUAUCUGUCCAUGUAUAGAGUACACCUCACAUGUAUGUGGGGUUCCACUCAUACUGCUCUUCUAGACCAGGUAGAAUCAAAAGCUCUUUCUCUUAUCAACUCCUCUCCUCUGACUGACUGUCUUCAGUCUCUCCCUCAUCACUGCAAUAUUGCAUCUCUUGCUAUCUUCCAUCAAUAUUUCAAUGCUAACUGCUCUUCUGAUCUUGUUAACUGCAUGUGUCCCUUUCUCCUACUGUCUCACUGCACAAGGCUUUCUACUUUCUCUCACCCUUAUUUUGUCCACCUCUCUAAUGCAAGAGUUAGCCAGUAUUCUCACUCAUUUGUCCCUUUUCCUGAUAAACUCUAAUUCCUUGUCUGUUUCUAUGUUUCCCCCUUCCUAUGAUUUUAAUUCUUUCAAGAGAGAGAUUUCAAGACACUUACCUUCAGUUUUUGAUAAAUGUUUCUGACUUCUUUUUGGGGACUGGUGCCUUUCUAUAUUUUUGUUGCCCUUGGUCAGUGCCCUUCUUACAUAAAAAAAUAAAUAAAUAAAUAAA